CCAUGAAAAGCUUCAGGUCACAUGUUUGAAACACACGUGUGCGUCAGGAUGAAGUGAUUACUGUGAAUUUGAACGAGGCCGGGGUUUGUUUCUGUGCGUCAGGACGCAUUUCCAUCCACAUUUCACGUCAGUUUAGACUGCUGGACAAAGUUUAUGAAGCGUCAUUUAACCUUCCUUAUCAAUCAUCCACCCUAAAAUCUUUGUGAAUAAGUCUUGUUUCACUCCCUCUGCCUCCUCCACCACCACCACAACCACCUCCUCCUCCUCCUCCGCUUGAGGAAGCUGAACUUACGCGCAGAGCGGAUGCGGAGUGCGCACAGACAGUUUGCGGUGAGCUGUCUGUCUCUCUGCCAGUGAGCCUGCGCGGCUCCGAUGUGCGACAGCGGCAGGAGGAAGACAGACAGACAGUUGCCGUGGCUCAAGGUUGGCUUGGAUGGCACCGAGCUCCCGCUGAACGCGAGCGGCAGAGGACCCAAGUGGCGAGUCGGGGGGUGGGUGGGGGGGCUGUGCGUAAAACUCAAAGAAGUCGGGAUGGACGGAAAAGGCACCCUGAAGAUGUUCACCAGGAAGAAAAGGGAACUGAUUAAGACGCCAUCCAUCUCGAAAAAGAGCCGAGCAGGAAGCCCCGGGCCGCAGAGCAGCGCCCAGUCUCUGUCCAUCCUCCAGGAGCAGCCUCGGAAAGAUGCGGGCGACAUCACCCUCUCCUCUUCGCCCUCGUCUUCUUCCUCCUCUUCGACUCUCACCCCGACCUCCGCCGGGCUCCAGGACCCCUCCAUGUCCUGCCCGGGCACGCCCAGCAUGCAGCACGGCAAGCUGGCGGCAUUGCAAGGGGUGGGGUGUCCUUCUCCUGUGGCCACCCUGAAGAGGCCGACUGCCCUGAGCAGACACGCCAGCGCCGCAGGAUUCCCGCUCCAGUCGUGGGUGUUCACUAAAGGCCAGGGGAAAGGAGCUUUGACCCCGACUACUCCAUCUGAUGGUCCAGAGAGCACAGCCAUCGAGGUGGAGGACAUCCCGGCCCUGCUUCGGGAUGUGGCGCGUUUCGCCGAGGCUGUGGAGAAACUGAAGGAUGUCGUGCUGGCUGAAGGUAGGGAGAGCCAGCGUCCCGUGGCUCACGAGUGUUUGGGGGAGGUCCUGCGGGUGCUCCGUCAGGUCAUCAACACCUACCCUCUGCUCAACACCGUGGAGAUCCUCACCGCUGCCGGCAAGCUCAUAUCCAAGGUCAAAGGUUUCCAUUAUGAGGCUUGUAACGAGGCAGAUAAAAUGGACUUUGAGAAGGCGAUUGAAACCAUCGCAGUUGCUUUUAGCAGCAACGUCUCCGAACUGCUGAUGGGCGAGGUGGACAGCAGCACGUUGCUCUCCCUGCUGCCCACUGAGAAGAGCAGGUCGAUGGAGAACUUGUACACUGUGGCGGGCCAGGGAGACGGGGGAGCAUUCAGGAGCGACCUGCAGGACAUGGGCAGAGCUGAGGAAGUGGAUGUGAUCCUCCAGCACAGUGAGGGAGGGGUGGAUUCAGCUCUGCUCUACGCCAAAACCAUUUCCAAGUACAUGAAGGACCUGAUGAGCUAUGUGGAAAAGAGAACUUCACUGGAGACCGAGUUCUCCAAAGGCCUCCAGAGAUUAUACCAGUCCUGCAAACACAACAUAACACAUCCCCACAUGCCCCUCUUCUCCAUCUACUCUCUGGCUCUGGAGCAGGACCAGGAGCAGAGCGUGGGGCUGCAGCAGGCCAACACCACCCUGCACACCCAGACCUUCAUCCAGCCUCUGUUGCAGCGUAAACAGGAACAUGAGAAGAGACGGAAGGAGCUCAAGGAGCUGUGGAUUCGAGCUAAGAGAAAGCUGAUGGAGUGCGAGGUGAACCUGCGGAAAGCCAAGCAAGCCUUUAUGGCCCGCUGCGAGGAGUACGACAAGGCCAAAACGGCAGCCUGCCGAGCUGAAGAAGAAGGAGGAGGAUCGACAGCGAAGUCUGUGGAGAAGAAGAAACGAUUAGAGGAAGAGGCUCGCAACAAGGCAGACGAGGCGGAGGCCACCUACAGGACGUGUAUAGCAGAUGCCACCACUCAGCAGCUGGAGCUGGAGCACACAAAGGUCACGGUGCUGAGACAACUUCAGGACAUCAUCAAACAGAGCGACCAGACCCUCCGCUCGGCGACCAUCUCGUACUACCAGCUCAUGCACAUGCAGACGGUAGCCUUGCCGGUCCACUACCAGACUCUGUGUGAGAGCAGUAAGCUGUAUGAUCCAGGCCAGCAGUACGCUGCAUACGUGCGAGACCUGCAGCUGCCGGAGCAGCCGAAUGUCCACUACAUGUUUGAGAACUACUGCCCGUCCAGCUCGUCGUCACACCACGGCCACAGACCGAGGAACGACAGUUUCAACACAGAGCCGACGAGCCACACAGACAGUCCCGCCACCAGUGUGGACACAACAGCUGGAGACAACAGAGACGCAGAGACUCAACGCAAGAGGCAGGGCCACAAGUCAUGGGGUUCAACAGUGAGCGAUGACAGUGUUGGAGGAGAGGGAGGCCUCGAGUCUCCUACUGCCAGCACGAGUGACAUCAGUAAAAUGGCUCGGACAUCAUCCACCGGAACGAUGUCGUCCAAUGAGGACGCAGAUGAGAAGGACGGGAACGUGACCUCAUUUGAAGCUCAAAAUAUCAACGGCAUGGAUCCUGAUGUGGUGGUGUCCACCAGACCUUUCCGUAACGUCGGUCUGUCUAAAGCGGCUCUGACCCACCGACUCAGGAAACUUCGAACUCCUUCGAAGUGCCGCGAGUGUGACAGCUACGUUUACUUCCAGGGUGCUGAGUGUGAGGAGUGUUUCCUGGCGUGUCACAAGCGCUGUCUGGAGACUCUGGCCAUCCAGUGUGGCCAUAAGAAGCUGCAGGGCCGUCUGCAGCUGUUUGGCAGGGACUUCUCUCAGGUAGCCAGCUGCGCCAGUGACGGCAUCCCCUUCAUCAUCACCAAGUGCAUCACCGAGAUAGAGAGACGAGCUCUCAAGAUGAAGGGCAUCUACAGGGUGAACGGAGUGAAGACGCGUGUGGAGAAGCUGUGUCAGGCCUUCGAGAAUGGCAAGGAGCUGGUGGAGCUGUCCCAGUGUUCACCACAUGACAUCAGCAACGUCCUCAAGCUUUACCUGAGACAGCUGCCUGAGCCGAUCAUGCCGUUCCACCUAUACAACAGUCUGAUGGGUUUGGCAAAGGAGAGUCUGCAGAGUGAAGCAGAAACACCAGAGGGAGAGGAGUCCAACAGUAUUAACCCAGCAGUGUGCAAGGGGCCAGAGCUGGUGGACAUGGGGGCCAACACUGAGCCAGAGGUCCUGGUGCUGGUGGAAAAGUUGAAAGAGCUUCUGAAGGAGCUUCCCAAGGCAAACAUCGCUACGCUGCGCUACAUAAUUCGCCACCUCCGGAGGAUUGCAGAGCUAGAGGAAGAUAACAAGAUGAGUGCCAGUAACCUGGGUAUUGUGUUUGGUCCCUCCCUGAUGCGACCCCGUCCAACUGGGGCCACGAUAUCCCUGUCCUCUCUGGUUGAUUACCCCCACCAGGCUCGCAUCGUGGAGGCCUUCAUAGUCUUCUAUUCAUCCAUCUUUCAGUCCAAAACCUCUCAGUCGCAGAAAACUCGCUCUCCUUCCACCUCUACUCAGCAGGGUACAGAUGAGAAGGUGGAGAGCUCGGCUGAUGGGGAGGAGGAUGGAGGCAGAGAGGAGCAGAAUAAACCCGAGUCUGACAAGAUGGAGGAGGGAUGUGGAAGUUCUCUAGGGUCGCUGGGGUCCAGCGAGCAGCUCCCAGACUCCGACUCAGAGCUGGACGAGAACAGUCAGAAGACUGCACGCUCCAGCAGACUGGUGAAGCAGGAGAGCGAGGUGAGCAUGGACGACGACCAGCUGAGCUACAGGGACAGUCUGGACCUCUCCAGCCAGUCUGCAACCCAUACCAGCCCAGAACAAGAGGUAGAGCAGGAGCAGGAGCAGGAGCAGGACCAGCAGGAGGAGGAGAAGGAGCAGGACAAGCCAGAGGGAGUAGAGCCCCCCGCACUGCCAGACAGUGGGCCCCCAGACGAAGAGACAGGAGCAGAGCAGGACCUGAACGCCUCUCUAGCCGAGCUCAAUGUAAACCAGUCCAACAACAACUACCCCUGUUCACCCAUUUUAAGCCUGUCGGGGCAUCCACUGGCACGUCUGUGUGGAAAGAAAUUACCCCUGACCAGAAACAGGGACAGCGAGCCAGAGUUUGUCUGAUAUUAUUAUCUAAAUCAUUGUGUGUGAAGUCUUUUAGUUUGAGUUGAGCGACAGCAAUCUGUGUUUUCAUACACUGAGAUCCAGUAAAACCUGAAACUGAGAGGGCUACCGUGUUGUGUAAAUCAAGAUCGAAUAUUGAAGUUUUUUAAUCUGUGCAGCUGUAUUGAUCUAUCCUGGCAGUGAAAACUCUGCACGCUUUACUGCUGUUUGAUGCAAUUUAUUCCUAUCAUUUCAAGACGUUUCGACUCAAAUUAUUAAAAAUGUAUUUUUGUGCCAGUUUGUAUUUUAGAGGUUGUUUUUUUUUUACUUGUUGCUAUUACAAUCGUAAAGAAAAGGGGGUGAAAACCACAUCAGAAUGUGUGCAAUGUGCAAAAAUCUCCAAGCAAAUUCCCUUCUUUAAAGUGCUGCUGGUUUUAUUUCAGCACUAAAAAUUUUAAAAAUAAAUGUAUCAGUCUCUUUAUAGAUGUUGCCUGUAUUGCCUUGAUAUGGAUGUUUGGUCUAUUUUAAUAAACAUUUUAUUUUAAAACCA